AUGUCUCGCUCCUCCUUCUCUCCUCGUGUGUCUGUUGACGGCGCCUCUACGACUUCCCGGAAAUCGAAGAAUGAAGCUACUGUGGCCGUUGACUCCUCUGAGUUUGAUGCAGAGGUCGCCGCCGCGGCACCCCUCCUCAGCGGGACUGCAUUGACAGCUGCUAUCGCCUGUGUUGCGGGAACCGGUUUCACCUUGUUCGGUUAUGAUCAAGGUGUAAUGUCGGCGCUUCUGACUGCUAAGCAGUUCGAGAACGUCUUCCCCCAAGUUAUCGUCAACGACUCACAACCGUCGAACCACGCCACGCUCCAGAGCUUCGUGGUCGCCGUAUAUGAAAUUGGAUGUCUGAUCGGCGCUCUGUCCAACCUCUGGAUCGGCGACUGGCUUGGACGACGCAAAACAAUCGUGCUCGGCGGCAUUAUCAUGAUCGUCGGUGCCAUUCUCCAGACCACGUCCUUUAGCUACACCCAGAUGGUCGUCGCCCGCAUCAUCACCGGCUUGGGCAACGGCCUGAACACGUCGACUGUGCCCUCGUAUCAUGCGGAGUGCUCGCCAGCCGCGCGCCGAGGCAGCCUCAUCAUGGUGGAAGGCAGCUUGAUUACCUUUGGAAUUAUGAUAUCAUAUUGGAUAGACUUCGCAUUCUUCUGGAUAUCUGGAUCAUCAGCGCAAUGGCGCGUGCCCAUAGCACUGCAGAUCGUCCUCGCCAUUGUCAUGAUUGCGGGCAUCAUGUUCCUGCCGGAGUCCCCGCGGUGGCUGGCGAAGCACGGCCGCAACGCGGAGGCCCUCGCCGUCAUCUCCGCGCUCGACGGGAAGCCGCACACGGACCCUGGGGUGCAGCAGACGUACCACGGCAUCCGCGAGGCGAUCGCGGCGGAGUCCCACGUCAACAGCAGCGACGCCACGCCCCUGCGCGAGCUCUUCACGAACGGCCGCUCGCAGAACUUCCGCCGCGCGUUCUUGGGCGUCGUCGUGCAGUGUUUCCAGCAGAUCACUGGUAUCAACCUUAUCACAUACUAUGCGACGUUGCUGUUCGAGCGACUCGGCAUCGACGACGUGAAGGCGCGCAUCAUUGCCGCUGCCAACGGGACGGAAUAUUUCCUGGCGUCGCUCAUUGCCAUCGCGCUCAUCGACAGAGUUGGUCGUCGGCCGCUUAUGUUGUUCGGUGCGGUCGGACAGACCAUCACGAUGGUGCUUCUGGCCGUGCUCGGUAGCAUAGAUUCCUCGGGCACGCAGGUCGCAUCAGCGGUCCUGUUGUUCGUGUUUAACUCGUUCUUCGCGAUCGGCUGGUUGGGAAUGACCUGGCUUUACCCUGCUGAGAUCGUGGGCCUGCGCAUCCGUGCGCCCGCGAACGCAUUCAGUACGGCGUCGAACUGGACGUUCAACUUCAUGGUCGUCAUGGUCACCGGGCCCUCGUUCAGCAACAUCAGCUGGGGAACGUACAUCGUGUUCGCGGCCCUGAACGCGUUCAUCAUACCCGUUGUGUACUUCUUCUUCCCCGAAACCGCAGGGCGCUCCCUAGAAGAUAUGGACGUCGUAUUUGCGCUUGCAUACAACGAGGGCGUGUCUCCUGUGGGGGUGUCGCUGCGCAAGGACGUGCCACCCGCAGGCUCGGCUGAAGCCGACGAGAUUCUCGGCAUUACUGCAGGCGGACGUGAUGGGUCGCUGCGGGAAGACCCGCCUGCGCGGACGCAGUCGGAGAAGGCGUAA